UCGAUGGAAACUGAGGAGGGAUGAACGGGGCGGGGUGAGCCGAUACGAGGCGGAGCAAUCUCAGCGGCGCCACCUUAAAAAAACAGUCGCGCCGAUAUGUCAGUCCAGACGCGACCCAGACAGACCUCGGCCCGGGGGCCCAGCCGUGAGAGCCGCGUCCUGAUUGGCUGAGCGCCGCCGUUCUUUUGAGACUCGCUCUCCUAUUGGCUGGAGCCGGGCGAGACGCUCAGCGCACAAUGUCUCCCCGCUUUUGUUAUUGUAGCGAGCGGUCAGGAUGCGCGGACGGAGACGAAGAGCCUGAUAGUCCGCUAUCGACUCCCAUACACUCAGAUUAGAUGUUGGAGGGGGAAGGGGGCGCGGAUUCCUACCUCUCCGUCCUUGUCCAGAAGACAGCUUUUCGCUAUUCUGCAACAAUACGACCGAUGUAGCAGCAGGAUGUCCGUGAACCCUCCCAACAGUAAUGACGCCUGCCUCAGCAUCGUGCACAGCCUCAUGUGCCACAGGCAGGGUGGCGAAAACGAGGGCUUCGCCAAGCGUGCCAUCGAGAGCCUGGUCAAGAAACUGAAGGAGAAGAAGGACGAGCUGGACUCCCUCAUCACCGCCAUCACCACCAACGGAGUCCAUCCCAGCAAGUGCGUGACCAUCCAGAGGACGCUGGACGGACGCCUGCAGGUUGCCGGUCGGAAAGGUUUUCCUCAUGUAAUCUAUGCGCGGUUGUGGCGCUGGCCCGACCUUCACAAGAACGAGCUCAAGCAUGUGAAGUUCUGCCAGUACGCAUUUGACCUCAAAUACGAUAAUGUCUGUGUGAACCCUUACCAUUAUGAGAGAGUGGUGUCACCAGGCAUCGUUGGUCUCAGUCUUCAAAACACAGGUCCCACUGGCAGACUGAUAAAGGAAGAGUACAGCCACGACUGCAUCCAGAUGGACGUCCCCCCGGGACUGCCUCCUCAGCAGGACCACCAGGGGGCGAUGAAACUCCCUCCUCCGGACCACUACGGCCAGCCACUGCCUCCUCUACAGCUGCCUUCAGAGCCCAGCCGAGCGCCCCCAGCGGUCACCCUUUACUCCAACAUACCCCUCUCCCCCACCGCUUCUGGCUCUAUGAUGCCGAUGCAGGGAGGUCAUGGUGAAGGCUUACUUCAGAUUGCGUCUCCUCAGGGUCAAGUCAUGACCCCUACACCUCCCCCCUCCACCCCCACACAUGGACCCCCACAGACCCCCGGCCCACCCCAGCCUCCACCCAACCAGAACGGCUACAACAGCUCCAAACACUCCCAGACGCAAGGCUCCUUUCACACAGCCUGGACAGGCAGCAGCACAGCCUCCUACACUCCUGUAGGACCCCAGCAAAACGGACGCGGUCACCAGCCUCCUCUCCAUCACCCACACUUCUGGUCUCAACAUCACAGUUCAGCGUCUUUCCCCCCUCCAGUCUCCAACCAUCCAGGUCCCGAGUUUUGGUGCUCCAUCUCAUACUUCGAGAUGGAUGUGCAGGUGGGGGAGAUGUUUAAAGUGCUGUCCAGCUGUCCGGUGGUGACGAUUGACGGGUAUGUGGACCCCUCAGGAGGCGACCGCUUCUGCCUGGGUCAGCUCAGUAACGUGCACCGCACAGACGCCAGCGAGCGCGCCAGGUUGCACAUUGGUAAAGGAGUGCAGCUGGAGUGUCGAGGAGAGGGGGACGUAUGGAUGCGCUGCAUGAGCGAUCAUGCCGUCUUUGUGCAGAGUUAUUACCUGGACAGAGAAGCAGGACGAGCGCCAGGUGAUGCGGUGCAUAAAAUCUACCCAGGGGCCUACAUAAAGGUCUUUGACCUCAGGCAGUGCCACAGGCAGAUGCAGCAGCAGGCGGCCACGGCGCAGGCGGCAGCGGCAGCACAGGCCGCAGCGGUGGCUGGGAAUAUCCCAGGACCAGGAAGUGUUGGUGGAAUCGCUCCUGCAGUCAGCCUCUCGGCAGCAGCAGGGAUUGGUGUGGAUGAUCUCCGGAGGCUGUGCAUCCUGCGCCUGAGCUUCGUGAAGGGCUGGGGUCCUGACUACCCCCGGCAGAGCAUCAAGCACACCCCCUGCUGGGUGGAGGUGCAUUUGCACCGGGCGCUGCAGCUGCUGGACGAGGUGCUGCACACUAUGCCACUGGCAGAUCCUGGACCAGCUAACUGAGAGCCAACAAUACACAGCCAACACUCACCACACAGAUACUGGACUCACGACAGUAAGCGUGCGAGGCGCAUUACCUGCUACAGUGUGCAGUCAUUAGAAUCCCAGUGAAAACACCACAGAAAACACUACUCUAAAAUUCAUGUUUCUGAAAGAUAUUCAGUGCUUUUUAUUGUUCUGUAGUGAAAUGUUGCAUUUCUUUUUGGGUGAAUCUCGCAAAAACAUGUCUAGGUCAUAUCUUGCUCUAAAAAAAAAAAAAAAGGCUUAAAGAGAAUGGAAAAAACAACAUCUUUUUAAAAGUAUUUUUUGCAUUAUGACUAGGGUUGCAAAGCGGCCAAAAUUUCACAAAAUGUCUGGAAAGUUUCUCGAAAUUUAAUUAACAUUUUCUGUUCGUUUGCAGCCCUAAUUAUGACUUUUUUUUUAAUUAAUGAAGCAUAUUUUCCUGCAAAAUUCAGAAUAAUUCCAGCCACAAUAACUGAAUUGUUUCCAGAUGUUUUGAGUUUGUUUAUGCAAAGGUGAUUCUUAUCAGAUUACUACAGAAGUGGAUCAAGCAAAAAUACAAAAAAAUUAAACCAUCUUUUGAUGAAAGUCAUUGUAAUGCAUAAUUAAACUCGUAAAUGUAUUUUUUAAAGGUUGAGAAUACAAUCAUUAGAUUUUGAGAAUAAAGUGUUUGUGUUUGAGAAAAAAACUUUGAGAAAAUUCUUUUGAAAUAAAAUAUUGAGAAUAAACAGUAGAUUUUGAGAAGUUAAGGGAUUAGUUUCUGAGUUUGAGUCCGUGUUUGUGAAGUAAAAAGCUUUUACUUUAGGAUCUUUGCAAUAAGUGUAAAUAGUAAUUAGAUGAUAUUUAUACUUAGUGACGGAUACUUCUGCACCUUAGUAUUGUUGUACAUUAACAGGGUGCAAAAAUAACACUGUCCAACGAGAUCAAAUGAACAUUACACAAGUGUGUUUAUUCUCAACAUUUUAUUUGGACUCUUUUUCCUUGAAAUGUUUAAUUUCAGUGUUUUCUUUUUUGUUAGUUUUUUUUUCUUCAGGAAACAAUGACUUUAUUCUCAACAUUUUAUUUAGGCUUUUUUCCCUAUUUUUCUAUAUCUUUAAUAUUGCAUAAUAAUGAAUUUAAUCUCAAGAUGGUUUUGUUUUUUUAUGAUUAGCCCUAAUCAUCUUUCAUAGAUUACUGUAUAUUUUUAUUAAAAAAAAAAAUAUAUUUGUUUUGAUAAAUUGAGCAUAAAUGAAAGGAGGUCCAACAUAUAUCAUAAUUAUUAAUAAGAAUUAAUAAGAAUAAUAAAAAAAAACUUAAGGUUAGAUAUAUUAUGUACAAUUUAAAAAAGCUUUUUUGUUUAUACGGAAUUUCAUUUUCUAUUUCUUUCUUUUCUUGUUUUUAUGGUGAAAUAUGACCUGGAAAUGUUGCUGAUGGGAUUUGUGAGAUUCAUCCGUUCAGAUUAGAUGUAAAUACCUUAGCGCUACAGGUCUACUAAUGAAUGCAAGUUUACAACAGGGUUGAUUGCAGAUUAAGUUCAGGGAAAUAGCUUUAUCGUUCAUAUGCCUUUCUAGCUUUGCACAUCAUGCAGUUAUACUAAGAAUAUUAGGGCCUAAUAGUUUUGCAAUACUGGUAGAAAAAGCUUAAAAUUUGUCCUUGCAAGAAUUUAUGGGUCAAUGUCUGAACAUAACACAAAAGGCAACAAUAACUAAUGGUUCCAGAAGUAUUUUUCCAUUCAUUCAAGAGUUCUGAGCUACAAGAUCGGCAUUAGAAAAAAUAUGCAUUUUGAAUUAAAUGAGUUUGUAUACUCUAUAUUUGAAGUUUAUUGCAAAAGAUUUGUUCAAAUACUGGGUAGAGAGACUGACUCAAAUCUCUGUGGAGAAAAUUAAUGUUAUUUUUACUCCUGGAACCAUAUGGUUGUGCUCUAUUACGCUCUGGUGUUACACAUACACACAACACGCUCAAGUGAGGAAGAGACUGUUCAAUCUCCAACCAAGUUUUUUUUGGUAGCACUAAAUGCCUCGGAGCAAAUGUACAUCUCUAUUUUGCCGCUGGUCACUUCAGGAAGCGUUGGAAAGAAGCAACUGAUGUAGAUGCAAAUCUGACUCUGAGAGACAUACUGAACCGUACAGAUAACAUGACACACUGUCAAAACAAAACGCUCAUCAUCUCUGUGCUUGUGCUGUGUUCCUCGACAUGUGGACCUCAACUCAGCUAUGAUGCAGCUUACUAUCCAGGCAUCUUAUUAGUUAGACUUGCAAUAGCCUUCCAGCUCUUUUAUUUUCAUACCAAAAAAAAGAAGAAAAAAAAUUGUUCAGCUUUAAAAUGGUGGUAUUAGUAUUGUGAAGCAGUUCGGUGUUUGUAACCAAAUCAUUUGCCAUGUGGUGUAACUCACCGAAGCCAGAUUACCUCAUGAUAAUCAAGCAUGAACCCAGUGGAUUUUUCUUUAUGCCAAAAUGUGUCUGGAAUCUUCUACUUUCUGGACGUCAUGCUCACCUCAUACUUUAACCAAAUCAAAACAGGGCCUGUCUUGAACCGAAUGUAGACUCUUGAUGCACCGACUGACCGAUUUCAAACAACGGGUUUUUGCCAACACCACUAACUCAGCUUUAGCUUUUAUCUCAUCCAGAAACUCAUGUCUGGAUUGUGACCAAAAUUCAGCCCCAUACCACUAUGACCUUUUGCAAACGGGUAGAACAUCUAAACAUCAGGCUUCGAACAAUGAACAUUAAUGUUUUGCUGGCUUCCCAAAUUGAAAUGUCUAUAUUUUACUGUAGACUUACAGGAAAUUAUGCAUUAUUGAAAGACCCUUCAUUUUUUUUUCAUAUGUACAUCCAGUACAAAUGCAAAUAUUUAGUAAAUCUAAUAGUAAAAGUGGAACCUCAUUAUAGAAUGUUAAAGUCAACAUGAAAUCAAGAAUUAUCCUGUUUACUUUCUUAACACGUCUUGCUGAUCUUAUUGUGCAUGAAGACUGAAAAUUCAGCUUUGACACCACAGGAAUAAUUUACAUUUUCAAAUAUAUUUUAAUGGAAAACAGUUAUUUUAAAUUGUAAAAAUAUUUAAUUUUUAUUUUUGUUUUAUGGAGCCACAGGGCAUAUGGAAGAAAAUAUGAAGAUGGGAGGAAAAAUUAUAUUUUUGCAAAAGAAUUGCGUUCCAUCAAGAAACCAUGCAUUCUUUCACAAAACAUUUGCAAUCUCUAAUAAAACUAUUUUGAUCUUGUAAAAAAAUAGCAAUUUCUUGCACAAAAUUUGCCUUUUAAAAACAACAACAGCCUUUCGCAAAAAUGUGCAACCUUGAAAAAACAUUUGUGGUCAACAUUUGUGUUCUCUCGUAAAACUCGUAAAAUGUGCAACCUCACAAAAUAUUUGUGAUCUUGUAAAACAUUUGCAAUCUCUCGUAAAACAAUUGUAAUUUCUUGCAAAGAUUUGCAAUGUCACAAUAUUUGCCAUCUCUUGUAAAAUGUGCAAUCCCUUGCAAAAUAUUUGUGAUGACACCCAAAAUUUGCCAUCUCUCGUAACACAUGCAAUCUCUUGCACAACAUUUUCAAUCUCGUAAAACAUUUGUGAUCUCUUAAAAAGUUUGCAAUCUGUCACACAACAUUUGCAGUCUCUUGCACAAUAUUUGCCAUUUAUUGUAAAAUAUUUGCAAUCUCAUAGAGCAAUUGCAAUGUCUCAUUAAACAUUGCAUUCCCCUGAGAAACUUUGCUUUUGCGCGCAACACAUUUGCUUUAUAUCCCCAAACUAUUGUGUUCCCCUGAAAAACUUUGCUUUCACUCAGAAACAUUUGCAUUAUAUUCCCAAACUAUUGCGUUCCCCUGAGAAACCUUGCUUUCGCUCGCAAAACAUUUGCGUUAUAUCCCCGAACUAUUGCGUUCCCCUGAGAAACCUUGCUUUCGCUCACAAAACAUUGGGUUAUAUCCCCGAACUAUUGCACUCCCCUGAGAAACCUUGCAUUCGCUCGCAAAACAUUUGCGUUAUAUCCCCGAACUAUUGCGUUCCCCUGAGAAACUUUGCUUUCGCUCGCAAAACAUUUGCGUUACAUCCCCGAACUAUUGCGUUCCCCUGAGAAACCUUGCUUACGCUCGCAAAACAUUGGGUUAUAUCCCCGAACUAUUGCGCUCCCCUGAGAAACUUUGCUUUCGCUCGCAAAACAUUUGCGUUACAUCCCCGAACUAUUGCGUUCCCCUGAGAAACCUUGCUUACGCUCGCAAAACAUUGGGUUAUAUCCCCGAACUAUUGCGCUCCCCUGAGAAACCUUGCAUUCGCUCGCAAAACAUUUGCGUUAUAUCCCCGAACUAUUGCGUUCCCCUGAGAAACCUUGCUUUCGCUCGCAAACCAUUGGGUUAUAUCCCCGAACUAUUGCGUUCCCCUGAGAAACCUUGCUUUCGCUCGCGAAACAUUUUGUUAUAUCACCAAACUAUUGAGUUCCCCUGAAAAACUUUGCUUUCGCUCGCGAAACAUUUUGUUAUAUCACCAAACUAUUGAGUUCCCCUGAAAAACUUUGCUUUCACUCAGAAACAUUUGCAUUAUAUUCCCGAACUAUUGCGUUCCCCUGAGAAACCUUGCUUUCGCUCGCAAACCAUUGGGUUAUAUCCCCGAACUAUUGCGUUCCCCUGAGAAACCUUGCUUUCGCUCGCGAAACAUUUUGUUAUAUCACCAAACUAUUGAGUUCCCCUGAAAAACUUUGCUUUCGCUCGCGAAACAUUUUGUUAUAUCACCAAACUAUUGAGUUCCCCUGAAAAACUUUGCUUUCACUCAGAAACAUUUGCAUUAUAUUCCCGAACUAUUGCGUUUCCCUGAUAAACUUUGCUUUUGCUCUCAAAACAUUUGCGUUAUAUCCCCAAACUAUUGCGUUCCCCUGAAAAACUUCGCUUUCGCUGGCAAAACAUUUGCGUUAUAUCCCCGAACUAUUGCGUUCCCCUGAGAAACCUUGCUUUCGCUCACAAAACAUUUGCGUUAUAUCCCUGAACUAUUGCGUUCCCCUGAGAAACCUUGCUUUCGCUCGCAAAACAUUUGCGAUAUAUCUCCGAACUAUUGCGUUCCCCUGAGAAACUUUGCUUUCGCUCGCAAAACAUAUGCGUUACAUCCCCGAACUAUUGCGUUCCCCUGAGAAACUUUGCUUUCGCCCCGCAAAACAUUUGCAUUGUACCGCCAAACUAUUAUGUUCCCCUGAUAAAUUUAGCUUUUGCUCGCAAAACAUUUGCAGAAAUUUAGCAAGAGAAAUUUAAAAAAGCAUUGAAAUCUUUUUUUUCCUCCCAUCAGCAAUUCAGCAUGUCUCUAUAGGGGCUCCGUAGUUUUACGGAAAUUUUUUUAAAGAAAUGCAGACUUAUUUUAAAUACAUUACAAAAUAUUACCAUCCCCCAAACUUCUGAACACACACUUACUACAGCAUUUGGCUGUGAAAUAUGUUAUGUUGAAAUAUGACGGGAGUAAAUGCUUUGCAAAUGCCAUUUCAUGUUGACUUUAAUCACAUCCUCUCUAUUUUCAGUGUUUGAGUGUUAUCUGUGAUUAGUCACAACUUAAGUUCAUUUAUUUAGUAGAGGCUUGUAUGAUGUUCUGCGUCCCAAAUAGUGUUUCCAUGGUAAUAAUCUUUGUGCCUUUCCUUUGUGCUCCUUUGUUCAUAGAUAGAUUCUGCAAUUACUAAAAAGCCCUUCCCAGUGAUUCUCACGUUGAUUAUGAACAUUGCAAACCUUCUAUUGGUCUGAAAUGUUCCUGUAGUUUUAAGCAAUGAAGUAUGUCAGGGAUGUUUCAGUCGUCUUACAGUCAUAGAGUGUUUUCAGGCUUCGUUUUGACCCCACAUGAUGUUUGUAAAUUGGGAGAUGCAAAAGAUGCAAACUCUUCAUCUGCAGGGUUGUUCAUAUCGGCUCAGGUCACGUUGAGAUUUAUGAGCCUUUCGGGUAAAGAAUAAUGCCUUGUUUUCUUUAGUUUUCUUGACUGACGGUUGCUAUAAAACAUUCAGUUGAGAUGUCAGGUUUACUCAUUGUUUCGAUGAGUGCCUUUGUGCUGUAUUUCAUCGGAUACAUGCUACAUAUACAUACAUAAUGCUAAUUAAAGUAAAGCUGUAGUUUUAAUACAGAUUUCAAAGGCACUUUGCAAUGUACGCAAUCAGUGUUGAGUUAUCGUUAAACCUGUAUGCUAUCAUGAGGUUAUUUUGGGUGAAAUGGAUUUAAGCUCUCGCAUUACACAUCCCAUACACACCUUAGUGGUGUUAAAACAUAUUUGUUGUAUUUAAAGAUAGAAACAUUCAUAACAUAGAUAUAUAGGCAGGUGACUAAUUGUCAUUAGCAACUUCAGUGGAUAGACUUACAGGUAUGAUUCAAAACAUUUUACUGGUUUAAACCGAUCACCAAUUAUAUAACAUGGUUCUCUGUCAUUUUGCAGCUUAUUUUGCUUUAAAAAUGAAAAUAUAUUACAAUGAAGCCCAUGUGUCAUCGUGACAGACGUACAGUUACUAUUUCCAUUGUAGAGUAACUUUAUUUCUCUGUAUUCUGCACUGUAAUUUAGAUUUUCAUUUAGAAAAUACUUUUUGUUCAACUCCAAAGGAUGACUUCAUUUCUCAAAAAUACGUGGCCUAGAAUGUGUUUUUUUUUUCACUGAUGGGCGCAUACUGUAUUGUGUGAGGAUAAUGUGUGUCAGUCACAUGACAAUCACCCAACUGGAAUUCAGAUCAACAGCAUUCCAUAUAUGAAAACUAUUUCUUACAAGUAUUUAUCAGUAUGUUAUCCAGUGUGAAUAUAUUUGAAUUGACUAUUUUAUUGAUAUUGUCACUUCAAUUCUUGUUGUUAUUAUAAUUAUUCUAUUGUUAAAGGACGUUCUGCUCCUGUAUGUUGACUGUACACCAAAGUAAAAAAAAGAAAAGAAGAAAAAAUCAUUUUGAUACAGA